CAUAGUGACACAUAAGUGAAAUAAAUAAAUAAAUAUAAUUGAGAAGGCGAGCGGAUAUGAAGUUCUGCGACGUCGAUCCUGACGCUGUAGGACAGGUUUAUCCGGGCAAACAUUUCACUUGACGACACUAAGCUACUAAUAUGUACAUAUGAAUUCACCAUGUUGUUUGCUCAAUGAGUGCGACUGUGAAACAACAAUGUGUGCAACAAUAACAACAAAGGCAAGCAUCGCAUCACUAGAAAGCAAAGUGAAAUUGAAUAAAGCAACAACAAAAACACGCAAUACCAAUUCAAAACCGUUAUUCAACAAUUUCAAGAAAUAAGUGAAAGAAGGCAACAAAUACUGGUUUUCAAAAACACGCAUUAACAUGUGUAUGUGUAUAUAUAUGUAUAUGCAUAAUUUAAUGUUGGAGGAAACAACAACAAACAGAGAGGUGCUACAACUGAAAAGUAGCUGUGCGAGAGAUUUGUAUGUGUAUUAUUAUCGUCGUAUGUAUGUGUGGAACAAGCAAAUGAGUGUGUAGUCUGUGAACUGUGCGAGAAAUAGCUAAACAAAGUGAAAAGCAAUGCUAAAGUAAUAAAAACAAUAAUAAUAAGAAGUGAUAUAAAGUUGAAGUAUUUUAUAAAUCUUUAAUCUAGCCGAAUCACCGAAUGCUAAUGUCACACACAUACACACCAUAACAGCGGGAGUAAAAGCAGCGACUAUACCAAAUAGUGGGUGUGGCAGCAGGACCUAAGCAAAGACCCUCGCUGAAUUAUCAGAGAUUUGAAACGAUCAAAAUUUUCAUGGACUUUCACAAAUUGGCACGUUGCUUUUCAAUUUUCAUAAGAUGCUGAAUGUCGUCAACAUUUUUAGGAAGUUUUCCAAACUCUUUGGACUGUAGGUCACAAAGCUACAAUGGAUCCUCUCAGACAUAACGAAUAUCAAACGCAUCAGUCCCACCACCCACAACAGCAUCAACAUGUAACUACGUAUUCACAACAUGUAGUGAACAACUACAUAGCCCCGCACCACCAUAAGCACGAGCAACAACCACCUGCAGCAACACCACAGCAACAACAACAGGAACCGCCGCAGCAACACUUGCCACCACAUCCGCAUUACCAAUUGGGUGGUAGCAACUCACUCUACCCCAGCUCAAUCAAUAAUUACCAUAACACACAGCCAACGGAUGCGGAACGUACCCGAUCCACCGUCUAUCUGAUGAGCGCACGGAGUAGUGGUGGUGGCGCUGGAACCAGUAGUAAUCCGGGGGGAACAGCUGCAGCUUCGUCGAUAAUGCCGUCAACCGGUAUUGCUGCUACUGCAUCUGGGGACGAUCCACAUUUACAAUACUAUACCUCCAACCGAGAUUUGAUCGCCGGCAAGAGGUCAACGGAAAUGACGUCCUAUCCUGGUUGGCAAUACAAGACGAGCGGGACAACCGGAGUGGCACCUGUGCAACGUCACCACAGUAGCGCCAUAUACAAUGGGCACUACUGGCUGCAGGACGAGCAACAUCAGCAGCAACAAUUACAUUCAGUACAGCAACAAUCACGUUUAAGAUAUGGCAAAUCUCAAACGGCCACACGACCAAUUGCAAUCAGCUGCAAUAGCAGCAAUGGAAGCGUAAAUGGAGGCGAAAGCAGUAUUCGCUACUACGAGGACAACAGUAAAUACUCUACUGUUGGAUCUUGCGCUAAGGCCGUAAACUAUGCACCUACCGCCCCUUAUGAGCUACUGGAACAAGUGGUAAAUCCGAUGAAUGCGUUGCUGGCCACAAGCGAUCAGCAGCCUAGCCCCAAUUAUGCGCGCAAGUGUCCACAGCAUUACGAGCCCCCAACAGAGCAGCGCAGCGCUAAUCACAAAGUGAUUUCUCCACAGGCUCCACCUAAACAGGAACAGCAGCAUCAACAUCAGAGUCUAUACAUGCCUUCAAAUUUUCAAAAUACCGUGCAUAAUGCCAUUGAAAAAUAUGUGCGAGAAACUGCACCUGCUCCCAAUUUGGACUAUACACGCAAAGGCGCUAUAUUUACACGACCAUCAGCCGGUUACUAUGGUGUGUCAGCGGUGAGUGGAGGAAAUAGUAGUAGCAGAGACAGCGGCGCAUGUGUCAAAUUGGAGCCGGAUUCACCAGCGCUGGCCCGUUCUUCACUUUACCAUAAUCCUUACAGUCCGUCUACAGCCCCAUCAACAAGUCCUUUCAAAGAGUCAGCGUCCGUUGCUGUGGACGUAAGUUCGCGCGACACAUCGCCUUCGUUGGCAUAUGCCUAUCCCACCAAGUAUGACAAACUUUUGCCUCAGCAUGAAACGCCAACAACGACAGGGACAGGGACAUCGAGCGCUGGUGAGCAGAGGCGAAGUUCAUUCAGCUCUAUAAACAAUUAUACCGGUUAUUAUAACCAUGGUACGCCAUCUCCAGCAGCUGCUCAAGUGGCUUCACCUUUACCAGCCCAGCAGCUCUAUAAUAAUACCCCGCCUCCGACGGGCAGCACACAUACAGUUGCGCCCAAUUAUUCUACGCUGCAAGUAUAUUCACAUGGGCCUGACAUCUGCUGUCAGCCGUCGAUGGCUUUAAAAUCAGCUCCGUCGCAGCCCUCUGGUCCAAAGAAAACUCCACCCUCUUCUAAGCCCAAUUAUCGGGCGUUAAUCAAUGACAUGUUAAAACGAAAUACGACUAGUGAAGAGGAGCUCAAUCUUCAAAUUAUAAAGAAGACGCUCAAUAUGGAAACUCCGGGAAGUCGGUUACCCACAGUACCCACAGUACCUACAGUACCCGGCAGAAUCCGGCAGUCGCCAGUCACAAUUACUGUUCAUCCAACGUUGCCUCCAGUUAUUCAACAACCAACGCCGCAGCCCACUUUGCCUACCGCCCAGUCACCUUUGGAUUUGUCCAUGCGAACGAUCAAACAGACCGCCGACUCCACAGAAUAUAAAUAUCAGCGCAUGCCUACCGAUUCAUUUGACAGAAUAACAGUAUCAGGCACAGGUACAGGCUUGCCACGUUUUGAUAUAACACCAAACUUUGCACGCACCAACAGGAUAGUGUCGAGCCCAUCAGCCGCAUUGCCAGCAGCAGUAAUUCGGCAGGCGCCAGCAAAUACAGCGUUGCCAGUUGAAGCAACAUCCAUGGUCAUUAAGGCGGCACAGCAGUUGCGGCCCAGCGUAUUGGAAACCAAUCCAUACGCGAGGCGACCCCAGCUGCCGCCUGAGACAAGUGUUAAAGUAGUGCCAAAUCCAGCGCAUAGUCCCAGCACAACUAGUACGUGCACAGCCGUGAGCACGAUAACGAAUAGUGCCCACAAUAGCAGCAACCCGAACUACUUGGGUCGCAAGCGUCAUCUACAGGAGUACAAUCAAGCCACAGCAGCGGCGGCAGCUGCAGUAGAGGCAGCCACAGCAGCAGCAGCCAAACAGUCGCGUUUGGAAAGAACUCAGAUAGAAGGCAUUGUCGACACAUCAGUGCCGGUUAUAGCUGCCAAUAAGCAAGUGCCGCUGGCAAAGCGUGUAGAACAACCAAUACUGCCCUCCAGUAGCCGCGUGAUUGUUUGUUCCCAGCCUAAGCAGGAACAGUUGGUGGUGUCAAAGACGGAGUCACGUAUACGAACUAAGGCAGAGCUUAAAGGAUUCACGUUCACGACACCAGAUCUAACUUUAGCUAAUUCAACAAAAACAACAACAUCAAUAACAACAGAUAUCCCAACAAGUAUUGAAAACAAUAACAGUGCUACAGCGGAUACUACCACACCCACACCUGCACUGCAACCCAAUAACGUGAACAAUCACAUUCAAAUAAAAUUGGAGCCGGUGGCCACUCCGGAACCCGAUGUGAAAGAUGUGGACGAUGGCGACUCGCCAAGCUUCAACAGCAGCAGUCUCUGUGACUGGGGUAGUACUUGCAACAAUCUCGUAAAGCAGCUGCUCUGUAAAGCAUUGCCCGCGAAAACUACAUCGGGUAAUGAGAGCAUUGCCACAGCCAGCCGGAUCAAGCUCGAGCUGAGCGAGGACGAUCUACCCGUGGCGCGGAUACUUAAGAGACAGCCACUGGCAGCGGAUGUCGAAUCGGCGGCAACAACUACCACACAACUGACUAACACAACCACAACGAAUGGGAAUGCGUUCAGCGCCGCUCAAAAGAAGCUAAGCAAGACGGAGCGUGAAAAGAAGCGGCUGAUGCAGGAGCAGCGAAUAGCUGCACGAUUGGCACCCACGGCUGGUCACAGCAGUAGUUCCGAGAGUGAUUCAACCGAGCUACGUAAGCGUAAGACUGCCAGGCAAAAGAAACCUCUUAUGCGCAAGAAUAAAGCACGUCGGACAGAUGAUAAGGAGAUGCAAUUGAAGCAUUGCGAGCAGCCAAGCAGCGAUGAGGAGCAAAAGUCAAAGCCAGAGCAAGAGCAAGAAAAGCGAAUCAAUGGCUCCAGUGAGACAAAGAAUUCCGCUAAUGCGACGAAAAUCUUGAUACCCGCUUUUAAGAAAACUAAAGUGCAAUACGCGAGUGUGACGUGUAAAAAAAUUAAAAUCGAAACGCAACGAGGAAAAGUGAUAAGACAGAAUCAGAGCCCAGAGGGAAAUGCUGACGAUAAAACUAGCUCGAAUGGAAGCGACAACAGUGAUGAUGAAGAGCCACGGGAGCAGCAGGGUGACGAUGUUGAAGACGACGGCGACGAAGAAGAAAAUGCGAAUGCUGAGGAAGACAGCGCUUGCAAUCAUAGUAAUCGGAAAGCAAAACCCACUUUUAAAAAUCGCAUAGCACUUAACACCAUGACGCGAUCCAAACGAAAAAAGGAACUUGAGCUUCAGUUGGCGAACAGCAAAGUGCUGCGAAAUGACAAAAUCAUACGGAACUCGACAACAAAGAUUAAGCGAAAAUAUGUACGUAAACUGGUGCCAGAUUCUAAGAAGGAAAUUAUGAUAACACGGCUGCGAAACAAACGCGAUGAGAUUAUCGACAGGGCACCUUUGUCGGGACGUAAGCUCAAAAACAAUCCCAGUCACAAAUCCGGCCGUCAGACCAGCAACAAGGCAAAUAUUAGCCAAACAAAUGCAACACCACAGCAUCAGCUGUUUCUGGAGGAAUAUAGAUAUAAGUUGGCACUUAAGAUACCACAACGCUUGAUCUCCAUCAACAAGUUGAAUAAAUUGCCUCAAGUAGCAGCGUCCUUACCGGAUCUAGACCGUGGCCGGUAUCUCACUCAGGGUAUGGCUUCCUUUAAGCCCACUAGAGGGCGAAAGCCACGAUCUAAACUACCGAAUCAGCAAUCGCAGCAACAGCAGAAGACGACACCUAAAUCUAUUAUCGAUGUACUGCAUCUCCGUGUUACUAGCAAUGGCAGCCAACAACAGCAGACCAAUAGCAAUCUGAGCAACUGCGCCACAAGCCUUCAUAAUUAUAGUGAAACCUCACAGACCUCCGCCUCGAAUUCAUUAUAUGAACACUUGCAGGAGGCGACGGAGCCCAGUAUGGAGGAUAAUACCCUAGGCAAGCGUCAUUUUAGCAUAUUCGAUACAAAGGUACUGCAGAGUAAAACCCGCACAGAAUCCAAAUUGCAGCAGCGACGCGAGAUCAUACGCGAAAUAUUUGUGGGCACGGAACGGCCGGCCUCAGCACCUCCAGAGUGUGCGCAGCACGACCAGGCCGGCGAGGAAUGUGCUGCAUUGAGCUAUCAGCAAUAUGAGGACUUUCUAGACCAAAUGAAUCGUAUUGUUACCGCUAAUAAUAACAAGCUUUCCCGGCACAACAUUAGCGGUGAAGUAGAGCAAAAGACAGAAACAGAUUUGCCCAGUCGACCGAUAGCCUAUAAGCGUAAGUAUUUGCGUCGCAAGGGGAGCUCUGGUUUCGACUAUAUACGUAAAAAAAAGCGCCCUACACAUCACCAUCAGAAUACCAAUACCAGCAAUAGUACGAACACCAUUAACACUGUAUCCGGUGAUCGUACGGCAACCAACAUCUUUCCGACUCACACUGCAUCAGCAACAGUGGUAGAAACGGUGGCAGCCGAUGAUGAACGUCUGGAUGAUACCGACAGUACCAUCGCGGGAAGCACAUCCCAUUUGCCGAUGGCGGUCAAGACCGAAAUGGACGUGUGCCGUGAAAUACAGAAGUGGGUGCUCAACAAAGGCGUUGGUCAGAGCACAAUGCACAAGGCGGCACGUCAGGGUCUAAUCGAUGUGGUUGUUUACUGCCUGGAUCGCAUGGGCAUGAAUCCGGAUCAGAAAGACAAUGCUGGUUAUACGCCGCUACACGAGGCCUGCACGCAGGGUUGGUUAGAAAUAGCCAGAAUUCUUUUGCAAUUCGGUGCCAAUCACUCGGUGGCCGCCCAGUCAGGUAUUCGACCUCUGCAUGGAGCUAUAGAGAAUGACCAUGAGGAGGUGGUUCGAUUAUUAUUAUCCUAUGGCGCUGAUCCGUUGCUGGCGACAUACUCAGGCCAAACCCCACUCAUGUUAGCUUCAAGCAAAUUGAUGUUUGGCGUAUUGAGCAGUCAUCUCAGCGAUGCACAAAGUGCGGCUGAGGACAUAAAACCGAUGAGAUUUCCGGGACCCUGGGAGAUAUUUGAUGAAAAGGAAAAUGGUUUUAAUAUUUUCGAUAAUUUACCGAAUACAGCAUGUGAUAUGAGCAGAGCUCAAGCUAGAGGCAGAAUUAAGCAGAAACGCAGCCAUGGCGACAACGACAAUCCAGCAGGGCCCAAAACCGACAGUAAAAACAGAAAUAUAAAUGAAUUACUGCGUGAGAGAAAAGAUAGCAAGGAAAAAAUUAAUGCGAAUGGGGAGAUAAAUGCAAAGACUGCAACGAAAACAAUAAUUACAUCAACAGCAAUAGCUACAGAAUCAGCAACAGCCGUUAAACAAACAGAAGCAACAGCAACGCAACGGCAAGUAAAAUCAGAGCCUGGUGCGGGCAUAGAGGAUACAAACAACAACAAUAAUAAUAGGAAGAAUGAUAUUAACGUUGAACAAAAUGUAACGAGCGUUGUGAAUGGCAAGAAUGAGGUUAAACAGGAACCGCAAUAUGUUGACAAUUUGAAUAUAAAUAAUUAUGUGAAAGGUAAUGAUAUAGUGGAUGAUCGCAACGAUCAAGCUGAUGAUGAACAGGAAUACAAUGACGACGACAGAGACGCGUUAUCGGAUGAAUUGAACGGUGAUAUUUUUAAAUUCGAAGAAGCCGAUGUGCCCUUGCCACCACUAUACUUGCUCAAAGAUGAGGGCAGUGAUAAAUGGGUACUCCUUAAUGAUUUGUGCAAUUUACUUAAGGUUAAGUCAAAGGAUACGCUGCUUAAUAAGAUCUGUCCAAACGGGAACAGCCUAGCCAGCAACCAGAAGCAACUGCUGAGAGAGUUCAAAAUUGACGAUUUUCUGAAACAGGCGACGUGCCUCCAGCUCCUGUGUGCCGGCGAGAAGUUGAAUAUGUUUAGCUCCUCAAAGGUUGUGCUCAUCAGAUACAACGAUAGUGUUAAAAAUUUGUUGGGCGUUAAAACAAUUUUAAUGAAAUUUUAGAAAGAGAAUUUCGUAAGCUUUAAGACAUUAGAUAAUACAUUGUGCUACUUUAAAUAUAUAUAUGUAUAGGUAAGCCAAUGUUAGCGGUCAGUGUAGUUCGUCUUUGGAAGACAGUCUUCUACGAAGCAAUUAAAGCUAAGUGCAAAGUGAUACAAAGGUGCUAUACCCACACAUUCAACAAAAUAUAAAAAUGCAAGAGAAACACAUAGACAAAAAAUGAGCAACGCAAAUUGGAAAUUGAUAUCAUUCUUUGACAAAUGGAGCACCAGAUAAAUCGAUAAAUAAGCUAAUCGAAAUGUAAGAGACCUAAUUGUGUAAUUAAAUUAAUGGGUUUUAAUCAACACAAAGAAUAAAAUUAUAUUAUUUUAAUGAGAUAGAAAGUAAUUGCUAUAAAUAAAUAAUGCAAGAAAGGUGUAUAUAUGAAUAAUGUAUUUUCAAUUGAAAUUACUACGUAUAACUAAACAAUUAUAUAUGAUUAAACACUCCAGUGUGCAUAAGCUAAUAAACAUGUUUAAACUUUCAUCUA